AUGUUUACAGCUGCCUCUUAUGAAGUGACACUAAGUGGGUCGGUCAGGGCUCAACUAGAAGAACCAAACCAAACCCUACACGUCCUGCAGCCCUUCCCCAUUACCCCUCAUGAAGGUCAUAUCACUGCUCAAGAACUGCUCAGCAUAUUUGCUGAUUCCUAUGUAUUGAAUGUUUCACAUGUUGGAAAACCUACUCAGAUAGCAGGAGAGAUCAAUGGUGGUAUAAGAAACGAAAUUCCAACAAAGUGGAAGAUAACAGACUACUAUAAUAUUAAUAAAGAAGUUGAUCACGAGUCCAAAUUUUAUAUCCAUAAAUCAAUGGAUCUCUCAAUGAAGACUCAACUCAAGUUUAGAGAUCAUGCAUCUCCUGCAGCUUCUUCUUCUUCUUCAAACGAUGGUGACAGUGAAGCAUCUUCUUUGAAGCGAACGAAGCGGAACGGAAGCGACGAUGAACAACGAGAGAAGAACAACUCUUCCUCAAGAAAGUCCAGAGAGAAGAAAGCAAGAGUUGAAAAGGAAAACGAGAAGAGGUGCUGGGAGUUGGAGAAGGAACACGAGUCUUUGAGCCGAGAAUCAGAAGAACUGAGACAAACGAUUGAACAAUUGCAGGAAUACCACAGUACGCUGUUGAAAGAAGUGAGACAACGUCUGUGGAGUGUAUUUUAAUAAUGAAACAUUGAAACACGUUCUUCAUUGUUCGUUGUCAGCAACACUUGUUGAAACAUUAAAACUAGUCCAUUCUCAAACAAUCUAAAAUAUGAGAGUUUCUAAAAUAAUGGUAUAAUUAUUACCUUUCACAUAAUACUAAAAAGGCCAUGAAUAAAUUGUGUUGUUAUUUUUAAAAUAGAAAACCUGUCUCAAGUGAUGACAAUAGGUAUCCGUGUAAUAAGUCUUUACCGUAUUAUCAUACAUUAAGCCAUUUAAAGUAAUCAUAUUUCUAACUAAUCUACUGAUAUGUUUAUCUGAUACAAUGUAUUGGUUGGGAAGUUUAGAGUUAAAAUAUUAAUUAUAAGAUGGACAGUUUAAGGUUAUUGUACUAUGUUAUCUGGUUAUUAGUAGUAUAAAUAUAUAUUAAAAUAGUAGUGCAUAGUAAAACAUAUUAGGAAUAUAAUUGAUAAAACAGAAGAUACUAUGAGUAGUGAUUGUAAACAAAACCAUGUUAAACUUGCCAAAGUAUGAAACAACCAGUUCCAAAACGUAAAUAAUAAAUAGAAACUGAUAAAUACAACUUUAUUCUUAUUUGUUGUUUGUUUCGGUAUAAAGUAUUGCCGUAAGGUAAUAGAAUGUUGAAUUGUGAAGUAUUAUUGUGAUUUUAAAAUGUGUAUUUACAAUAAAUACUUAACUAAACCAAAA